GGCCUUUAUUUAGACGGGUAAAGGUAAGGAAGGAUCGUCUCUUCCUAAUUUGCAUGCUCGCUUAGUCGCUUUAGUCUUUUUACAGAUUCAGUACCUCUCCUGAACCCACACCGGUAGCAGCAGAAGCUACUACAAACUACAUAUACGGAGGACUCUGAGAGUUUGUUGUCCCUUCGGGGACAUCCGAUAAAAUUGGAACGAUACAGAGAAGAUUAGCAUGGCCCCUGCGCAAGGAUGACACGCACAAAUCGAGAAAUGGUCCAAAUUUUUUUUGUCCCUUUAACUUUUUGAUCGCUGCUCGGCUUCUGCUGCGUGUUUGAAGCUGUACAAUGUUUUCUUCUUGCUGAUUCUACUUCGAAAUCGGCUCUGGGCAAGUCUUACAAUCCCAGCUGAAAUUGUUGUUAGCUAGUUCUAUUGAUACAUCAAUAAGUGUUAGCAGGCUCAAUGAAGGAAUUCUCACCCGGUACAUUACUACAGAUAAACAUCAGGAGCAAAAUUGUAUCCUUAAUGUGUUUGCUUCCACACAUUUAAGUGUGAUCCAAUGUUAGCACACCAGACUGCUAGAAAGGUUUCCAGGUGGAGAAGAUCUUGUGCCUACCGUGUGCUUGAUUAUUACACUGUGCCUGAAAUGGAACUCCAGAGUACCAAGGGUGAACCACAGAAAGAAACAUUUUCAUUUAAGCCACAUGAACAAAACAAAGUAUAUCUUAACAGGAAGGAGGGCAAGGCAGGAUCAUAUAUAUGGCAAAGACAAACAAACAGAUAUUCACUAAAUCCUGUCUUCAACCAAAAACCUGAUGUGCCUGGAGCAGCGCAUGAUUCUUUUCAUAAGUUACGCCACUGUUAUGGCACCCAAUCAUAUCCCAGCAAUGGCCUAAACAAGGUAUUGGGAUGUAUGCCUGGGAUUGUGAGAAUAGUAGAGGUGGGUCCAAGAGAUGGCUUGCAAAAUGAGAAAAAUAUCAUACCUACAAGUGUGAAGGUUGAACUAAUAAAAAUGCUUGUUUCUGCUGGGCUGUCGGUUGUGGAAGCUACAAGUUUUGUGUCGCCAAAGUGGGUACCGCAGCUUGCUGAUGCAAGGGAAGUAAUUCAAGAAAUUCAAAGUAUUGAAGGAGUGCGAUUUCCAGUAUUAACACCAAAUAUGAAAGGUUUCGAGGCUGCUGUUUCAAGUGGGGCCCAAGAAGUUGCAGUAUUUGCUGCUGCCUCUGAGUUAUUUUCUCGGUCAAAUAUAAAUUGUAGCAUUGAAGAGAGUCUCACCAAAUAUCGUGAUAUUGCUCGCGCAGCCAAAAACCAUUCCAUUCCAGUUUUUGGGUACGGUCAUUCCAAUGCUAGAUGCUGUCUGUGAAGUUGUUCCUGUGGAGAAGCUUGCUGUCCAUUUUCAUGAUACAUAUGACCAAGCCCUGCCUAACAUUCUUGUGUCCUUACAGCGAUUGCAGAAUUGCAGAGGAAGGAGAAGGAUGAAUGUUUGGCAGAAUUGCAGAUUUCAGUAUUCCACCCUUGCACUAGAUCAAGCUUGUUUCGAGAAGUGAAGUCUACUAAUGUUAAAGCAGUUUGAGUACACAAAGAUUAAACAUGUAGUCGCAUUACUAUUACUUGCUUCCCUUUUCAAUUCACUUGUAAAUGUACCAAAAAAAAGUUUAUUUAUAUCUUUUUUUAACAUUGUUAUUCUUUCAAAAAAAACAUUGAUAUAUUAUAAUUGAAAUUCUGGUAUUAAUUUAAAUAUUUAUUCAUUGGAUACCAU